AUGGGAGCCGGCCGUUCAUAUCCUAGUGAUCUAGAUGUUAAGAACUCCGAAACACAAAGUAGCAAACGAGCCCCAACCACGAAACCUCCCUUUACAUUAGCAGAUAUCAAGAAAGCCAUACCUCCUCAAUGUUUUGAAAGAUCCUUGAUUCGAUCCUUUUCAUAUCUUGUCCAUGACCUCACCGUUGUCUGGAUCUUGUACUACCUCGCCACAACUUAUAUUCCACAACUCCCUCACCCUCUUCCUUACCUUGCAUGGCCGGUUUAUUGGUUCGUUCAAGGUUGUGUGUUCAUCGGAAUUUGGGUUAUUGGUCAUGAAUGUGGUCACCAUGCCUUCAGUGACUAUGUAUGGGUCGACGAUUGUAUAGGGUUUGUUAUACACUCAUGCCUUCUAACGCCUUACUUUUCUUGGAAAAUAAGCCACCGUCGUCACCAUUCUAAUACUGGUUCUUUUGACCGUGACGAAGUAUAUGUCCCAAAGACAAAAUCAAAACUCGGUUCUUCGGCGUUUUACCUCGACAAUCCAAUAGGUCGAACGUUAACCCUUGCUGUCAAACUCAGUCUCGGAUGGUAUAUCUACUUGUCCAUCAAUGCUGCCGGAAGACCUUAUGAUAAAUUCGCAAGCCACUAUGAUCCAAGAAGCCCUAUUUUCUCUGAUAACGAGCGAGUCCUGAUCCUCAUCACUGACAUCGGACUUGUCAGCUUUUCUUGGUUGCUGUAUAAAAUGGCGACAUUUGCAGGGUUCGCUAAUGUUUUUGUGUCUACGGAGGUGCGUUGA